AUGCUGCCAGCAUUUUAUGUGAGUUGUAGAGAAAUGCUAAGCAAAUGGGAGGAAAUUGUUCCAAAGGGAACAUCAUUCGAACUCGAUGUAUGGCCAGACCUUCAAAUAAUGUCCAGUGAAGUCAUAUCUCGUACAUCAUUUGGGAGUAGCUAUGAAGAAGGAAGAACAGUAUUUGAACUUCAGAACGAACAAGCUGAGUAUGUAAUCAGAAUAGCACGUUCAAUUCAUAUACCAGGAUCAAGGUUCUUGCCUACUAAAAUGAACAGAAGAAUGCUGAAAAUCGAAAAGGAAAUUCAAACGACAAUUAGGCGUAUCAUUGACAAAAGAUUGAGAGCAAUCGAAGGAGGGGAGACUAGUAAAGAUGACUUAUUGGGCAUAUUACUUGAAUCCAAUAUGAAAGAAAUUGAACUUCAUUGUAGAAAAGAUUUUGGAAUGACUAUAUCAGACGUGGUAGACGAGUGCAAAUUAUUCUAUUUUGCUGGACAAGAGACCACUUCAGUGUUACUCGUAUGGACAAUGAUUUUGCUCUGCUUACAUCCAGAGUGGCAAGUACGUGCCAGAGAGGAGGUGUUGCACGUCUUUGGAAAUAAUAAACCAGACUUGGAAGGACUAAAUCGCUUGAAAAUUGUAACGAUGAUCUUGUACGAGACAUUAAGGCUAUUCCCUCCAUUGCCAUCAUCUGGUAGAAGGACUGAAGAGGAAGUGAAAUUGGGGGAGCUAAAUCUACCAGCCGGAGUGCAACUCAUUAUACCCACAAUCCUAUUACAUUAUGAUAAGGAGGUAUGGGGUGAAGACGCGAAGGAAUUCAAACCAGAGAGAUUCAGUGAAGGAGUGUCAAAGGCAAUGAAAGGACAAGUCUCGUUUAUCCCAUUUAGCUGGGGACCGCGUGUUUGCAUCGGACAAAACUUUGCAAUGAUGGAAGCAAAAAUGGCGAUAGCAAUGAUAGUACAAAAGUUCUCCUUUGAACUCUCACCAUCAUAUACACAUGCUCCAUUUGCAAUAGUGACUAUUCAUCCUCAGUAUGGCGCUCCUCUGCUUAUGCGCAAGCUUUAAGAUGAUAUUUUACGACAUUGGUGUUGUACGUUGAUCUACAUGCAUCAUUUG